AUGGAAGCCUUCAACUUCGCGACGUCACUCGACCUGACGGAGCUGUCGGUGCAUGUGAAGAUAGACCGUCUAGAUGGAAACCAGAAGCAGAUACCCUAUUCAGUGCUGCUGAGGCGGCCAGAGCUCAGGCACCGAGCUUCCAACAUCAACCCCCACUUCGAGCUCUAUGCGACUGCACAGAUGUGGGCAGACAGCAAGCCCCUCACCAUCCCCGUACAGACCGCAUACAAGUCGUUUAAGAACGCACGCAUAUGGAACGAGUGGCUCGAACUGCCCGUCACCUAUGCAAAUCUCCCCGCCUCGGCGCAGCUCGCCAUCACACUCUGGGACCUGUCACCCCUCGAAGACACCGACUCGAACAUGCACGCUGUACCCUUCGGCGGCACCACCAUACCGCUGUUCGACAAGGACAACACGCUGCAGAAGGGCCGGCAGCGAUGUCGAAUACACCGUCACAAGGCAGCCGAUGGCCUGUCGAACACCACUACCCCGUCGGUGAUAGCGCCUGCCCGCAAGAGUCGAAAGGCGCCUGCGCUGGAGGGUACAGUGGACGAGCAGGUUGCUGAGAUGCAGAGGCUGGAAGACCUGCUGAAGAAGCAGGAGAUGGGUGACCUGCCGACCAACACGUGGCUCGAUAACCUCGUCUAUAAGAAGAUGAUGAAGAUUCGGAGCGAUGCGCUCAAGGCCGAAGCAGCUGCGCUCAACCGUCAGAAGGACAUGAACGGCAACGGCAACGGCAGCGGCAGCGGCAGCGGCAGCACUGACAGCAGUGAAGACCUGGAAUUGUUCUACCUCGACAUCGAGUUUCUACGGUUCGACCACGCCAUCGUCUUUACCGAUGUUGAGUAUCCGCCACCUCCAGUCUCAGACCUACGGCUGCCAGCAGAGUCAGAUGUUCGAUUACGGCCGCCACCGGAAGUAUCCUUUGGCCCCGGCAUUGAUGUCGAUGGCAUUGGUUAUGGAGACGCCGAUGCCGGCAGGCUCAUCAAGAUCUACGACCCUGAAAUCGGACGACGAGUCAACCCUGCCGAGGACAAACACCGUGAACUGAUGCGCAGUCAACAGACAGACUCCCUGGAUCGAGAUAGGAAGCCUAACGUCCAUGUCCGCGACAAGUUGAAUCUGUUGAUGGCCAAGGGCCCACUCGAGGAGAUCACAUCACAUGAACGAGACGAUAUCUGGAAGUUCAGGUACUUCCUGCUCCGCGACAAGCGUGCUUUGACCAAGUUCGUCAAGUGCGUAAACUGGAAGAAUCCGAGGGAAGCACGCCAAGCAGCUCCUUUGCUCGACAAGUGGGCCGAGAUCGACGUGGACGACGCACUUGAGCUGCUUGGUCCUCAUUUUGACCACCCAGUAGUGCGAAGCUAUGCUGUCGAACGCCUUAAGAAGGCGGACGAUGAAGAGCUGCAGCUGUACCUCCUCCAGCUUGUACAAGCCCUGAAGUAUGAAGCGGCCGGAGAAGGCGACGACUCCUCCCUUGCACGCUUUCUGGUUACCCGAGCAGCAAGCAGCUUCGCGCUGGGUAACUUCUUCCACUGGUACCUGAUGGUCGAGAUCAGCGAUAUGAGCACUGACCAGGAGCCUGAGCACCGCGACCUCUUCGCAAAAGUCGAGUACGACUUCAUGGUCGAGCUCGAGAAGACGCCGGAAGGCGUCGAGACUCGUAACACUUUCCGCCGCCAAGGUGAGCUGCUUACCAUCUUGGCCAAGAUCUCGAAAGACGUACGCUUCGGCGGCGGCGAUCGACCCACGAAACUUGCACGUCUCAAGAAAGCCCUCGCCGACCCCAAGAACGAACUCACAAACUUCGACCCCCUUCCCCUCCCUCUCGAUCCUUCGGUCUAUAUCACCGGCAUCGACCCCGAAAAUUGCAACGUGCUGAAGUCCUCACUCCUGCCCAUAGUCCUCAACUUGCGCACCAGCCACUCGCAAAAGUAUCCUAUCAUCUUCAAGUUCGGCGACGACCUGCGCCAGGAUCAACUCGUGAUCCAAAUCAUCACGCUCAUGGAUCGACUUCUGCGCAAAGAGAACCUCGACCUAAAACUUACACCCUAUCGCAUUCUCGCCACCUCCACCUCCGCGGGUGCUUUCCAAUUUGUACCCUCGAUGAGCAUCGCAGCCGCGUGCCAGAAACAUAAAGGCUCACUGCUCGCAUACCUGCGCGCCAACAACCCCGACCCACACGCUGAUCUAGGUGUUAAGAAAGAGGCAAUGGACACGUACAUCAAGUCCUGCGCAGGCUACUGUGUCAUUACAUACCUACUGGGUGUAGGAGAUCGGCAUCUGGACAACUUGCUUAUUGCACCCACUGGCGCUUUCUUCCACGUCGACUUCGGAUACAUCCUCGGCCGCGACCCUAAGCCUUUCGCUCCGCAAAUGAAACUCUGCCGCGAGAUGAUCGAGGGCAUGGGCGGUGCUACACAUCCUAACUAUCUCAGCUUCAAGGAGUAUGCGUUCACGGCCUGGUCUACGCUCCGCAAGUCCUCCAACCUGCUGCUUAACCUGUUCGCGCUCAUGCAGGGCGCGAAUAUCCCUGAUAUCAAGGUUGAGCGCGAAGGGUCGGUAAGGAAGGUCCAGGAGAGAAUGUGGAUGGGCAAGAGCGAAGGGGAGGCAGCAGAGAUGUUCGACCGGCUUGUGGAGGAGAGCAUGGGCGAUUGGAAGGCCGGGGUUAUCGAUUGGGCGCACGAGUUCGUGCAGACUUAUUGGCGCAAAUAG